AUGCGGGCCUCCCGAUGGAUCUGGAUUGCCGCCACAUUCCUCACCUCAACCGUCCACUCAACAGAGACAGCACCCUUCACCGCAGCAGAAAAGGCCACAGCCAACAAACGAGCCUUUGAAGUCCUCCGCAUCCUCAGACGAGACGACAACAAUUGCCCGAGAGGCUUCAACCCCUGCACCGAACUGGGCAACGCCAACGCAUGCUGUAAGCAGGGAACGAACUGCUCGCGCGAUGGCGCCAACAACAUCGCCUGCUGUGCGAGCGGCGCAAGCUGCACCGGCAGUCUAACAGACACGAAGACGACAGGCACAGGCACUGUGUUCAUGUUCCCCAGCGGCGCAACCGCAACCACCACGGAGUUCGGGGCACCGUCUGUUACUGGGUCAACAUUGGAUGGCGCAUACCCAUUUGUCGUCGUUCCAACCACUUUCAAGAAUGCCGAGACUUGCUCGUCUUACUACUCCGUGUGUCAGUCUGAGUACGCGCUGUGUACUGGCAAUCUGAUGGGCCGCUACGGCGUCACUAUUGGCGCCGCCGGGGGAGGCAAGACAGUUCAGGCUGUCACGGCUGCAUCGCAGGCGACUUCCAUUUGCUCGAGCUUGAGUGUUGAGGCUUGUCAUGGUAUCAACCUGGCGUAUUGUAGCGGCGUUGCGACACAGACUGGCAGUGCGGAUGCGGAUGGGAAUGAUGCCUCUCCUGCGCGGAUGUCGAGUCUCCAUGAUCUGGUCUUCGGACUAGCAGUUGGAGUUGCGGGGAUGUUUAUAUGA